AUGGAAAACAGGAAUAACAUCACAGAAUUUAUUCUUUUAGGACUCUCUCAGAAAAAAGAAAUAGAAGUCUUCUGCUUUUUAUUAUUCUUGCUUUGUUACAUUGCCAUUUUGAUUGGCAACCUGCUUGUCAUGAUUUCUAUCACCUGCAGUCAACUUAUUAACCACCCUAUGUAUUUCUUCCUGACAUUCCUAUCCCUUGCAGACCUUUGCUACACCUCCACUGUGACCCCCAAGUUAAUCGUUGACUUGCUGUUGGAAAAGAAGGUCAUUUCCUACAGUGGCUGCAUGACACAGCUCUUUACCAUGCACUUCUUUGGGGGGAUCGAGGUCUUCGUCCUCACUGGGAUGGCCUAUGACCGUUACGUGGCCAUCUGCAAGCCCCUGCACUACACAGUCAUCAUGAGCAGGUGUAAGUGCAAUGCCAUGAUCGCGGCUUCCUGUGUGGGUGGAUUCCUACAUUCUUUUGGUCAGUUUCUCCUCGCCAUCGUUUUACCCUACUGUGGCCCCAGGGAAAUAGAUCACUUCUUCUGCGAUGUGUAUCCUCUGCUGGAGCUGGCUUGCGUGGACACAAGCAGAAUAGGUUUCCUCGUGGUUGCCAAUUCGGGACUGAUGGGUCUGGUGACUUUCGUGGUCUUGCUGGUAUCCUAUGCUGUGAUUCUAUAUACGGUCAGGUCCUACUCUGCGGAGAAUCGUCACAAAGCUCUUUCCACAUGCAGUUCCCACAUCACUGUGGUGGUUCUCUUUUUUGCUCCUUUACUCUUUAUUUAUAUUCGACCAGCAACUACCUUACCAGAAGACAAAGUGUUUGCUCUUUUUUAUACUGUCAUUGCUCCUAUGCUCAACCCUCUCAUAUACACGCUAAGAAACAUGGAGAUGAAAAAUGCUAUACAGAAACUCUGGGGCCGCAUCAUGGGAAGCGAAGAAAUAAACUGA